AUGAAACUCAUAUACAAUAAAAGUUUUCUCUUAUUCGUCAUUAUUAUCAUUGGCAGUCAACUAUUAUAUGUUUGUACUGAACCUUCUACAAUACAAUCGAAUAAAAAUUCUCUGGAUUUAAACAAACAAUAUCAUCUUAAUAAAAAAGAAUCAUCAACAUCAAAUGAAAAUAAAAAUUCAAAUGAUGAUGACAAUAAUGAAAAUAAUGAUGAUCAUUUACUAUUAAUUAACAAACGGUAUCGUUUUGAUAAGCGUUAUCGUUUUGACAAAAAACAUUUGGAUAUGGAUAGAAUUAACAAACGAUAUCGUUUUGAUAAACGUUAUCGAUUUGAUUAA